AUUAAGUUUUAGGCGCAGCGGUACGGUGGUCAACUUUUAAAACUGUCUUUUUAAAGACAAUCUGUGUGUUAAUAAUGCCUUUGUUUUACAUAUUUUUAUUAUAUACAUAUAUAUUGACCGAUUUUUAUAGUUAAAAUAAAUCAUUUUCUAGACAUGCGAUACGCCAAAGGCGCAAGAUUAGCCGACGUCAAAAUAUUUUAUGUAAUUUUUUUUGUAUCGUAUGUAUAAUGUUUGUAUACAUUUUAGAAAAAAAAACCGCGUAACGACCUGGGGACGGACAUAAUUACUUUCUUUAAUUUAAAUUGUUUACGGAAAACUACCCUACAAUUAAAUCAAAAUACACCUGAAGGUGCGUGCAUUCUUUAACUUAAGUGUAUAUUGUAAAUGGCUGGUUUUUUGUGCAACUUUUUCCCCAGAGCCAUUAAGUUAACUUAAAUUCUAUUAAUUUGUGAUUACACAUUAUUUUAUUUUAUAAAUAUUAUUCACCGGAUGCACGCCCACAUUGUUUGUGACCCAAUAGAUUUUAACUUAAUAAUGACGGAAUUUUUAAAUGUGGAUUAUUGUUAAAUUUUAAGAACACUAUUUUUGGGGAGGACUUUGCGAAGACCCGGUGUUCCGUUUUUGCCCCGAGCUUAUGCCAAGAAAGCGACGAUAGGGCGGGCCGUUUUCCGAUGCAGAGGGAAUGCGACAAUGAUGUGGCCCUAGACUAAGAGGGAUGUCCUUCCAGCUCUUCGAAGUCGCCAGAAGUCCACCAAAAAAAAACAAGUGUUCUUUCCCCCACUUAGUUUUAAGGGUUCACCUUUAUUUUCAGGAAUUUUUGUACCACCAUUUCGUUUCUUUUGCUUUUCAACCUUUUUUUGACAACCCUUAACUUUAUACCACUAGGUCCGAGGUCGGACCUCUACGGGGGAGGGGCAGCUGUAACGAUCAUAUUUCACCUGACCGUUACUUCGCGUCCCAAACCUACUGACACAGCACCCCCGACUAUAGGUAGGGCAACGGUCGCACACACAGGACAAUGCACGUCGCGUAUCAUCUAAUUAACCAGUUGACUUUACCAUCACGAACCGCCAAUAUCCUCGACCUUGCGCUCUAUAUUUUUGCCGUUUUACUACAAGCCGCCCAUCCGACUAUCUUUUGUGUGCGUCCGUUUCAGCUCCGCUUUGACCAACCAUUUCAUCGUUCAACCCAGGUCAGAGUGUAUAUAUAUAAAUAUAUAUAUUGUAUAAUUUUGUAUUUUAUUUAGAAACCCUAAUUUAGAAUAAAACAUCUUGUAGCCUGCAGCUGAGAGUUAGAUUAUUUAACAGUGUGACCGCCCGUUCUAGCUCCUCGGGCGAUAUAUUAAGUUAAUAAGGGAGACUUUAAGGCCAAUUAGACGUAGACAGCGGCCUAGCCAACCGUUUUCCCGUGGAGAUCCGUCUAUUUUAGCCUUAUCGACGGCCACUUUGCCUAGUCUAGUCAGACACGCACGGUGUGGAUGAAAUCGAUCAUACUCAACUCUUGGUCAGCGACAUAAGCAACCUCUAUCUAAGCAACAGCUUUUCAGAUGUUGAUUUGGUUGUAGAAGGAAAACAAUUGUGUGCCCAUCGUGUUGUAUUAGCCUCUCGCAGUGAAUAUUUUAGGAUGCCAUUAUACGGAAGCCCUAAAAAGUCUGGUCGGGCCUUGAUGAAAAGUAAUGUAGCUCCAGUAACCAUAUUAAAAAUGGAAUUUUUAUACUGGUCGAAUAAAUUUAAACGUUCUACAGGGUAUAGAUGUUUCCGAAUUACUUAGUAUUUCAGUUUUAUUUGGUUUUUCAAACUUAAAUAUUUCACUACGCGAGUAUUUGUUAUACGACAUUGAAGUACACAGUAAAGAGUAAAACGACCAUACUGAAUUCUUGGUCAGCGACAUAAGCACCCUAUAUCUAAGCGAAAGGAGAGCAUUUUACGGAGGCCUUAGAGAAGCCAAUCAGUCUACGAUGGAAAUUAAUGAAGUCCCAUUAACCACAUUUAAAAUACUUCUUGAAUAUAUUUAUACUGGUCGAAUAAAUUUAAGUGAUCUAGAGGGUAGUGAGAUUUUCGAACUAAGACGUGUUUCGGAUUUAUUUAGCUUUUUAAACUUAAAACACUUACUAGGCGAGUAUUUGAAAAAAAAAAUAGAAGUACACAAUGUAUGUUCGUUCUUUGAUAUGACACGGCUUUAUCAAUACAAGGAUCUUGAAGUCGAAUGAAUCAACUUUAUUGAUAUCCAUGCUUUGGAUGUAAUGCAAACAGAUGAUUUUCUUUCUUUGUCAUCAGAAGCUCUUCAUGAAAUCUUAAAACGUGACUCGUUUUGUGCUAAUGAAUUAGUUAUAUUCCGUAUGGUUUGUCGCUGGAUCAAUGAGAACCAAAUCGACGUGGAUCCUGAUACUAAAAUCAGAGUUUUAUCGGCCGUCAGGUAUCCGUUAAUGAGUGAUGAAGAACUGUCCGAGGCUAGGAAAUCACAAGUGGGCAGUACAGUUUCUAAUGUCAUACAAUUUAAAAACACGUGGUCACCAGAUGAGCCUAAACUUCGCGGACAACUAAAACCCGAUGUGAAUCUUAUUAAUGAGUCUCAGAGUUAUCCUCCAAUCCGUGGCAAUGAUGGCGGUACUUAUAUGUUAACGUUGGACCAUCCUUCAUUUAUAAACUAUAUUGAAUUAUUGUUAUCAGAUGGAAUUGCCACGAAUCCAAAGUUUUACUCUUAUUACAUUGAAGUUUCACUCGAUGAGCGCCAAUGGAUAAAUGUUUUAGAUCACUCAAAUUAUAAUUGUCGAUCAAUUCAAAAAUUGUGGAUUCAUCCACGCAUGGUUCGGUAUAUACGCUUCGUUGGAACCAAAAGAACCUCCUAUGUGCUUUUUAAAAUUAGGGAUGUCAGUUACAAUAAACGCGAAAUGCACAUGGUGGAAAUCGUAAAUGGAUUAGUCGGAUGCUGCUUUGGGGUGGCAAUGACCAAGCCUACGGUUACAAAAUUGAAGCCUCUGUUGAUAAUGAAUAUUGGGAAAUCCUUGAAGACAAAUCUGAGGAGCUGGCACGAUCUUGGCAGGUGUUGA